UUCUCUGUCUCUCUCUAACCCGGGUGUGACAUUUCCGAAUAAUCAACAAAUAUUUUGCAAUAAACAGUACACCGCCAGCGUCUCGAAAGUAUCGCAGCUUUUCACUGGAAAAUGGGUCUAAACGAGGCCAUGAACUACGUACUCUUCAAUAAUCCUGUUUCCAGUACGAUGUGGUCGAUGGCCAGCCACGGAGCAAAGGCUGUGGGACUGAAACCAAAAGCCAUCACACAAACGGCCGCAACUCACACAACGACCGUGGCCCAACAAGCGUUGCCUCCGCUGUGGAAGCUUCUCGGUCACAACCGUCACAUCGUACGGUUGGCGGGUCUGUCCGGUGCGGCAGCAGUCGUGCUCGGUGCGUAUGGGGCACACUACCACUUCCUGCCGAAAGAUGAAGAUAUGCAAGAACGCGAUCCGAAGCAAAUAUUUGAAAUGACCAACCGUUAUCACUUCAUCCAUUCACUGGCCCUGAUGGCGGCUCCUUUUGCCCGUCGCCCGUAUCUGACGACGACUCUCAUGGUGUCAGGAAUGACGCUGUUUUGUGGAACGUGCUACUACGUCGCCUUCACAAACGAUCGCAGCGUGGUUCGGCUCACUCCCAUGGGUGGGUUCCUGUUGAUCUUUGCCUGGCUGUCGUUCAUUAUCUAACCGGUACCGGUGCGAUGCGUACUACCCUCAAAAACUAAACAGCAUUUUCAUUGUCUAAUCAUCACUUUAAUAGUUGCAUUGGUGUGAAAUAAAAACAGAAAGAAGUCAGCCAAAAACAUUGUGGCGCCUUCGUACGACA